AUUAGGAUAUACGACGUUAUUUACGUUGAUUAGGUACGAAUUUAAUAUGUUCGCUAAUGCGAUGUAAACGAUCGUACUGCGGUAAAUUUCACUGUAGACCAUUGCGUGCGAAUACGUGUGUGUUUGUGUGUGUGUGUGAAAGGAAGGGCGGCAAAACCCUAAGUAAGAUACCCGGUCGGGCCCGCUAUAUAAACCCAAAACGUCAGUCGAAAAGACACAUCGCACCUUCAGUCGUCCUGUCGCACACAUCAACUAUUCACACGACACCCCGCAAACAUCGAAGUCUCUGCGCGCUAACAUACACAUAUCCGUGCCCACGACAGACGAGAAAUAUCCAAAAAUGUUCAAGUACGCGAUCGUCGUAGCAGCUAUGGCCGUGUCCGCGUCGCUGGCCGUCAGCGUGGCUGAACGUAAGGAGCCGACCGCCGAGGCCAGCCGCGUGGUGGCCCACCAACACCACGCGCCCGAAAAUUACGCGUACGUGUCCGCCGAGGCCGCCGGUAGCCCGUUGUCGUCCGGGCACGGUGUGGCCGAGUUCGGGCUGGCCGGACUCUUGGACAUCAUCAGCCUGCCGAAGAAGUACCUGGGCGCCGCGAUCGCCGUGGUGGUUGCCAAACUGAAGACGUUGGACGCCAGGAAACUGCUAAAGGGCGCGCUGCUGGCCGCGCUCAUCACCGUGCUGGGAGCCGUAGCUGCGGUGUCCGUGGCCGGUCUGGUGUCGCUGGUGACCGGCAUCUGCGCGAUCGCGCCGUACC